AUGGCGACAAUGGAAAAGGACCCCAUACCCCCCUCCUCAUCCACCACCGCAAACAUGUCGAACAUCAAUACCAACCCCCCGCCUCUCUACCGCCGCAUCUCCCGCCCUCAAAACCUUCAUCUCGAGAUAAUUAACUCGCCUUCAAUCCCUUCGAUAUCUCAAGCCACAAUGUUGCAAUCGGACAUUCUCAAACAAAAUAUCAACAUGAAUAGCAAUAACCCCUCAAUGAUCUGCGACCACGCGACAACAGCCACGAGCUUGAAUAUCUGCAGCAACAGCUCGAGUUCCCACUCCGACACAUCCUCCAGGAGUUCUACUCCAACCCGUUCUACCGCUUCUUCUGCAACCACUGACGACGGGUCAUCAAUUGCUACUCCUACUCUUGAAUCUGCAUCUCCUAUAUUUCCUUCCCCUUCUUCUUUAUCUUCUUAUUCUUCAUCUUCGCAUCCCGGGUUUACGUUCUCGAGUAACUCUGCUGCUCCGGCGGAUACUGCUACGAGACUUUUAUUGAGAGAUAGGUAUUUGGAUAGUCUUCAGCGGCCUAUAAUUGUUGGAACUUCGACAACAUCAGGAUCGAUAUCUAGUCGUGGGAAUUCUUUGGAUAUCCCACGAACGGUCUAUCAAGAUUCAAAAGCACUAGUGCCGGUGCCACAGUCACCACAAAAAUCAUUACUUGAAAUCUUCACACCGCCAGAGACGCCCACUCCAUCAAGAAGUGGUAGUGGUAAUCAAAAGGAAUCCAAAAAAAUAAAAUUGGACAAAUCUGUACCACCUCCAAAGUUUCAUCUCGGAUCACAGCAGCAACAGAAUAAGAAGCGAGAUACUACUACUACCACUACCACCGAGCCGUUAUUGUCACCCUUGCUGCUGUCAGCCGAUUGGUCAGAUAUGGGAGGAAUCGAUAACCGAGUAACUGCCCACCCUGCAACAGAAGAAAACGAAAAUGAAAUAAACGGAAUUCUUCAACCAUUGGGAGCAUAUGAACUAGACGACCCUAAGCAGCCGACAAAACUUGGUUCCGGGGCAUGGAGUAACGUUUACAAAGGCAUUUUACACUCCAAAACAACAAAAAAACCACUUUUAAUCGCUGUAAAACGUCCGUUGAAUACAUUCUCCAUCCCAGCAUUAAAACGAGAAGCAACAAUCCUAUCCCAUAUCCACAAAAGAGUCGGUUCUUCAAAGAAUGGUCACAAUUCAAUCAUCCCGUUCCAUGGCUUUGAUGUAUCUACAACAUCAAUCCUUAUGACCGCUUUAUCCGGCGACAACCUCGAACAAUUCACUACUAGGUGUCGAAAUUCCCUCCCUCGCGAUACCUCGAAUUUCAAUGCAUUAAAGCUCCCAGUGGUUGGGAUUACACAAUGGUUAUUCAUCGCAGAACGAUUAAUCUCCGCUUUCGCAUUCCUGAAAUCUGCAGGUGUUAUCCACGGGGACGUCAAGCCGCAGAAUAUUCUUACAAAACCAGUCGAUAAGAGUUUAUUCGAUGGGUAUAAUAAUGGUGGGGGGAGAUACGAUUGGAUAUCUGAGGAAGAAGCAAUGGGGCUGGUAGAACCCAUUGUUGCCGAUUUUUCAUCAUCUUAUGUAGUCGACAGUGCUGGGAAUAUUUCAGACGAAGAAGAAGCUAUCAACGCUGUUACGACAAUAUACUGUGCUCCGGAACUCCUAGCCGCAUUCUUGACCCCACCGACUACACCUACAAAACCCACUUCUUCACUAUCAUCGCCAUCAGCACAACUUAAAUCCGACCCUCGCCCGCUCCCAACGUUCUCAUCAGACCACUACGGCCUAUGUAUGACACUUUUACAAUGUGCGAUUGGGAGUCAUCCAUACUCCGCUGCGAAGAUGGAUAUUCAACGGAAUAUAUGGGUUAGACAGGGUGAUCCCAUGGCUUUUGCGAGGGCGGAUGAGAGGGGGUUUAGAUGUAGGAAUGGUGGAGCGGUUGAUAGAUUGUUACGAGGGUGUUUUGGGAAGACGGCGGAGGGGAGGAUUGGAGUUGAGGAGUUGGUGAGGAGGGUUGAAGGGUUAUGUGGGGAGUGGAGGGGGAGGAAAGGGGAGGAUGCGUGGGUUUGGGGUGGGCGUUUGGGGUGA